CGCAUUUCCCGUUACUGGCCGCGGUAAUGGUGGAUGAGACGGGAGACAGAGGUGCAUCAGGGGUUUCAGACGUUAGAUUUAACAGGUGUCAAAACGCAAGGAAUAUCCUCUGCGUUUUCUGGAUGAUUGUGCGAGGUGAUGUAUAACUUGGUCACAAGUGCACUUUGCGGUGAGAAGCUGGAUCCUAAAGUGAUACCGUCAAGGUUUUUACACCACAAAGAAAAAGAUCUACCUUCUGGAGGUUUUCUUUCUUCUAUCAUUACGUACCCCAUUGCCACAGAGUGGCCCGGACUGAUGAUACAACCAAAAGAAUCUUAGAAUCACCUUUAUUUGAGAAAAUUUGCUGCUACCUGUACGUCACUAUUAUCGAACGAAUAAUCUGCUCAGGGGCUCUUUGAAUAUCUUCAAAGGAACUUUAAAGUUUUGUCAAGUAUCGACGAUUUUCUGACAACACAAAAAAGAAAAAAAAUGGCAAGAGGACAGAACGAAGAGACUGGAAGUGAAAGCCAUCAUGGAUCGCAUCAACAAAAUUUCAAUAACAGGCCAAAUGAAAGAGAGUCUCUAAAAGGUUGCCCUGUUGGACAACCAGCAAAUGACGAGAGAAGAAACAUGAACUGUGAUGAUAGAAACGAUUUGAUAGCUGAACAUCGCCUGAUGAACAGACAAGUAGAUGGCAAAUUUGACAGAAAUCUAUCAGAUAAUGGGAAGUAUGGGCUUGGGAAGACGGCAAAGAUGGGCCAUUCACUCAUAGAAGCAGGAGCAGGCCCCCACACACUACACAAGGAUGAUUACAACGUCAAACAUCUAUCUCCAACAGAAGGUUUCAAUUUUGAUUCGUCAGUAUGUACUGCGUCUCCUUCGUUCCAUGUCAAUGGCCACCACGAGUUUGCUACCAAUGACCAAGUGGACGGAAUCAGCAGUGAUCAACCACCAAGACGUCAGGAUACAACAAGAUUUACGGUAGGUUCUAACCAAUACCAGACGAGAAAUUUGAACACAGAAAGAGAUCGGCUUACCACUUAUUUUGACUGGCCAAGCGAUGUACCCGUGUCACCAGAAGAUCUUGCAAGGGAAGGUUUCUUCUACCUUGGCUACAGAGACAGAGUAGAGUGUGCGUUCUGUGGAGGUGUUCUACACCAGUGGGAAGCGGGCGACGAUCCGUUUAUAGAACACCAGCGGCACUACCCGCACUGCCCCUUCGUCAACGGAGAGGCGACCGCAAAUGUCCAACUUGGAGCCACAUCACAACAAGCAUCUCCGCCAACAAGCAGUCCGAGUACGGCUCAAAAUAUUGUUACCAGCCAAACCAGUCAGCAACCUUCAACACAAUCAAGAACCGGACCUGGAACCACAUCAGCAUAUGCUUUACCAAUAGACCGACAGUGGCCAAGGAUGCCAGAUUUUGCGGAUGAGGACAGUCGACUGUCCACCUUCCACAACUGGCCGAGGUAUUCUCCCAUGGCACCACUGAGGCUAGCACGGGCAGGAUUUCUAUAUACCUGUAAGUAUCUUCUAGUAUCAUAA